AUGUCGCGAUACUCUUUACGUGCGACUCCUAGGAAAAAGGAGCUUUUCGAUGGCAUGAUCGAAACUCCUGGUCGCCGUUCGACGCGACGCAAAUCUCAGUUCCCCCCUAUCGACGGCGCGUCUGAUGAUGGCGAUUCAAGCUCUGCCGCCGAGACUGCCACAAGCAGAUCUACCAGAUCUAGAUCUGUACGACGUCGGGGAGUCGGCAAAUUCCUAGAGAACAUGGACGAUUCGGAUCCCGCACCAAAAGAAGAAGAAUUCAGCCCCGUUCCCGAUGAGAAACUGUCAGCUGUCCUUAAUGAUGAGACCAAUGGAAAUGGUAAAGAGCCAAAGAUUAAUGGACAUACGAACGGUCAUGCAAAUGGUUACACGAACGGACACUCAAAUGGACACGCAAACGGGCACACCAAUGGAAGUGCAAAGAGUCAUGUCGAGGAACAGGUCAUUGAUGGUUGGAAGCCAGGCAUGGACCCCAAAGUCGACCACUCUGGGGUUGUCGAAUUUGGAGGUAGCUUUGGAGCCUUGGCUCUCAUGAUUGGAUUUCCCACUCUCAUGUACUACAUGUGGAUUGGUGCUACCUACUACCAUGGCAAGUUACCGCUGCCCGAGAAUGGCGAAUCCCUCCUCGAAUUCGGCCAGCGCAUGUGGAAUCUUAUCUACACCGGCGCAUAUCCUUCUUUGCGAGCAUGGAAGAUCUACUGGGUAUACUACGUCUUCGAGGCUGCUUGUUAUAUGUUCAUGCCUGGCGUCUGGGGUGAGGGUAAACCUCUUCGUCACGAGGGAGGCAAACAGCUUAAGUACUACUGCUCCGCGUAUUGCAGCUUCUAUUUCACCAUCGCUGUCAUGGCCGCGUGCCAUUUUAGCGGCGUGUUCAAGAUCUAUACCUUCCUCGACGAGUUUGGGCCUAUAAUGUCCGUCGCCAUCAUUUCCGGCUUCCUGUGUGCAUUUGUCGCAUACUUUUCUGCCUUGAUCCGCGGCGCGCAACACCGAAUGACUGGCUACCCAAUCUACGAUUUUUUCAUGGGAGCCGAGCUUAAUCCCCGCAUGUUCGGAAUCCUCGACUUCAAGAUGUUCUACGAGGUUCGCAUUCCCUGGUUCAUUCUCUUCGGACUUAGCUGUGCGGCUGCGGCGCGCCAGUACGAAAACUACGGCUAUGUCUCGGGAGAGGUCUUGUUCCUGGUCUUGGCCCACUACCUCUACGCCAACGCCUGUUCUAAAGGCGAGCAGCUUAUUAUUACCACCUGGGACAUGUAUUACGAGAAAUGGGGUUUCAUGCUGAUUUUCUGGAACAUGGCCGGCGUCCCCCUUUCGUACUGCCACUGCACUCUUUACCUCGCCAACCACGACCCGUCGGAAUAUGCCUGGAACAAGUACGCCUUAGGUGCUUUCUUCGUCAUUUACGUGGCGGUGUACAUCAUCUGGGACCAGGCCAACGGACAGAAGAACGCCUUCCGAGCCCGAGAGCGCGGCAACUUCACGAAGCGUAACACCUUCCCAGCUCUCCCUUGGAUAUACAUCGACAACCCGAAAUAUAUCGACACGUCAACCGGCGACAAGAUUUUGGUCGACGGUUGGUGGGGAUACGCGCGCAAGUUGCAUUACACCUGCGAUGCCUUCUUCGCCAUCAGCUGGGGCUUGAUCACGGGCUUCAGCAGCCCCUUCCCCUGGUUCUACCCCGUCUUCUUCUGCUGCAUGAUCACGCAUCGCGCCAUGCGGGACAUCGAACGCUGCAAGAACAAGUACGGCGAGGCGUGGAAGGAGUACGAGAGGCAGGUUCCGUACCUUUUCAUUCCGUACAUCAUUUAA